AUGUCACUUAUACAAGGCUAUUUGCCAACUAAGUCACAGUUUCUUGUAAUUGGUAUGGUAUGCAUACUCAUGGCCAUAGCUGUAACGAUAUCUAUAGGGAUAUACACGGCGGAGGGAACAUCGCACUUGCUCUCUUCGGGUGAGUCAUUGGCUGAAAAAGUUAAUUCUCGGCACGAUGAGGAAAUUGAAGCGAGGACCGUACAAGGUGAUGGUAGCGAAAAGGGCACUACGGUCGCCAAUGCGGACGAUUACAACGGUGAGCAUGAUGACGUUCACGUGAAAGUAAAGAAGGUGAUUAAAGAAGAUGAUGGUAGCGAAGCACGUUUAAUCGUAUCUGAGAAAUGCGGAAGCGCAUCAGAUUCCGGAUCUGAGUCUGUGGUGGUUGAAGCAGUUUAUAAUUAUUUGAAAGAUGCAAGGAAUGACAGAGAAUUGAAAGAUUAUGGAGGUGAAAUCGGAAAUAGCGAGCAGAGGGAUAUGACGAGAGCAAGAGUAGGCGAAAUUAGCGUACCUACGGCAUAUAAUGAGGAAAAUGCGCUACCUAUUUACGGAUCUCAAAGUUUAAGUAGGCAGGAAGAUGAAAUGACUGCCAUC